CUGAGCGGACACUUCCGCAAAGUUUCACUAGGAAGAGGAACGGGACUGGUACAGAACCGGAACCAGAACCGGGACUAGGAUCAGGACCGGGACCAGAACCGGGACUAGGACCAGGACCAGGACCAGAACCGGGACCAGGACCAGGACCAGGACCAGGACCAGGACCAGGAUCAGGACUAGGACCAGGACCAGGACCAGGAACCGAACUGGCCUGGACACGUCCAGCUUCCAGCAGGAACCAGCAUGGAGGACGGGGGGGGGCUGAAGACCAGCCAGGCUGAGGGGGGGGUGGGGGGGCCGGCCCUGCCGGAGCCCAGCACCCUGAGGUGGCCCGGAGACACCUGUGGACAGGAAGUGGGACAGGAAGUGGGACGGCCAGGUAAUGGGGACCGGAGCAGCGUGAGGUCGGACUCGUCCCUCCGAGAGGCGUCCAGCUGGACGGAGAGUGAACGAGGUCUGAAGGGGGGGCGGGGCCUGUCAGGGGGCGGGGCCACAGGUGAGGGGGCGGGGCUUCCGGCCGAGGGGCGGGGCCUGAGUCUGCAGGGGGACGAGGACGAGAACCGCCUGCCGGAGAAAGCAGCUCAGGUGUUCAGUCCCGCCGUCACCGUCCUGCCCUCCCCCUCCCCCCGCAGGGACAGUGAGGCAUUCUGGGAAACGGAGUCGGAGAAGAGCCCCUUCCUGGACCACAGCAGCCCGGACUACAACCAAGAUGGCUACCACCAAGAUGGCUACCACCAAGAUGGCUACCAGCAGGGCUACCGGUACGAGUGGAGCCCGGACGGGCCCCGCCGCAAAUGUGGCUGCUGCUGCUCCAGGGACACCCUGAAGGUGGGCGUGUCCCUGAUGUCCUCAGCAUUGCUCUUCCCCUUCCUGUUGUGGGGGGGGUUUGUCUUCCUGCCGUUCGACGCCCCCCCGAUGGACGGCGCCCCCCUCAGGCUGGUCUACGCGCUGCGCUGCUCCGUGUUCGCCGCCGCGCCCAUCGUCCUUGGGUGGCUGGUUCUGGGCGUUAGCCGUCUCCGGUUCGGGGCGGUUCGUCCUCUAUUCGAGGACGCCCUGAAGGGGGCGGAGCUUGGUGAGGUCACGGUCCAUCGGCGGUUCGUCCAUCACUCCACGUCCCUGUUCGUCCUGUACUUCCUGCAGCUGGUCGUCAUGGCGAUGUACCUGAGACAGGAGCAGCUGAAGCUGCUGCCGCUGCUGACCGUCCUGUUCGCCUUCGGACGGUUGUCCUACUGGGUGGCGGCGGCGUACGGCAGCAGCGUCCGCGGCUUCGGGUUCGGCCUGUCCUUCCUGCCCAGCGUCGCCAUGAUGGCGGCAAACUUCUACUUCAUCUUCACGGUGGAGGCGGGCGGGUCCGUGUUCAGCCUCCCGCCCGGGUCCGAGGGGGGACCGGCCCGGUCCGGGGAGGGUUUCCACCCGGCCGGGAGGCCCCGGUUCUGGGGGUGACUCGGCCCCAGGCGUCAUCAUCCACCGGUCUGCUCAAUGUUUCAGUUUCAUUUCAUAAAAACUUUAUUUUCAAUAAAUAAAACAGAAAAAGAUAAUAAAAUGUUAAUAAAAUGAUCUGUUGUUUGAGAAUUUUUAUAUUUAGCGUCUUUCAGAUCAGUAGUGACUCUUUCUGAAGAAGUUUUUCAUCAAACAUAGUUUGAAAGCCUUUAUUGUGAAGUUUAAUCUGCUUGUUUUCUUAAAUCAGUUUGAUGAUGAAAACUUUAUAAACGUUUAUAUCUGAAAAGG